GACGUGUUGGACGAAGACGAAAUAUUCGACCUCGUGCAGAGUUUGUUUGAUUGCUUAUUUUGUCUAUUAUCUUCUGUGGAGAAUAAGAAGAGGUUUGCGGAUGCCGGAGGAGUUCAUUUGAUGCUACAAAUUGUUAAGCAGGAGAAGUUGAAUAAUUUCUAUUAUGGGUCUGCAAUUGCGGCACUUGAUAUUGCACUGGAACACUGUCCUUCUGCUUCUAACAAGUUUGUGAGUGAUGCUUUGGCACUCUGACAUUGCAUUCCCUGCUUCCAUUGAUGCAAUUUCAUCAAGCAUUACUCAUAAGGGAGAUGAAAUUGAAGGACAUCUUAUGUCUCUUAUCACAACGUUAACAUUAACUGAUGGCAGUACCGGUGUGAAAAAAGAUGCAUUGUUAGAUAAGUUUGAGGAGAAUGGUUACAUCACUGGGCUUUUGGACCUCUUCACACAAUAUUAUGUAAAAGUUGAUGCAAGGAUGAAUCAACUCAAAAAUAAACAGCUGGACCAGUCUGAGCUCUACGAUGAAAAACUGGAAUAUAAAUUGUCCACGCUUCAGUCGAUUGCUGUUAUUCUUGCUUAUCUUUUGCUGUCCAAGAGAAGUACUAUAAGAGCCAAAGUUGAAGCAGUUAAGGAAGAUGUGCUGAGGAUUCUCAAAGAAUACCGUGACAACAUCGGCAACACGGGUGGAUCAGUAAAAAUUGCAGCAAAGACAGUGAUCAAAUACAUUGUUUCUCUUGAGAAGGAAGAAGUAAUUCUUAACAGCCAGGGUGGAUCAAAAAAACCGAAAAAGAAAAAGAAAACCCUGACCAUCGGGGGCAGCAGGAGGUGAGGAUCAAGCAGGCAAAGACCCGAGAAGAGGGAGAGAGAUGAGGAAAGAGAGAGGCUUUUACUGUUGACCUAAAAUCUUCCUUCAGUUAUUCAUCCGUGGAUGCUGAUAUUAUUAUACCUUGUUUUGCUAGACUAUUUAGAUGUAUUCAGUGUUAUCAAUUAGACGAGAGUAAUCUAUCUUUUAUUUGGA